CCCUCACGGAGGAGCAACAGCUACGCGGAGUUGUCCAAAGUGUUGCCCGGUGAACCAGCCUCUCCCCCGGACACAGGUCGCCGCUCCAUCCUGCUGCAGCAGCCUCUGCGCCGGGCUCAGAGAUGCGCCCCUGGACGGAGGUUCGGCGUGCUUGGAUGAAGUGAGGGAAGAAAGGGAACGAGACGCAGUGUAGCGCUCCUGUCACAGCGGGAAUAACGGAGCCCGGGAGAAGGCGGCGGCACAGAGAAGCGCUCGGUGAUAUUGAAUGUUUGGAGGAUUUCUUUUAAAUUUUGCUUUGGUUUUGUUGGAAUGGGGCGGCGAGAGCUCCGGUGCUGAGCUGAAGGCAUGAGACCGAGGAGAGGAACAAACAGCGGGGCUGCGGUGCUGUGAGUCUCCAUCCAUCCACACGAAGGGUCCAGUCUACACACACCUUCCUUCAUGUUGCAGACGCCUGCUCUAUGACAAUGGAUUACUUGCUGUGGGUGUGCAGCCUCAUUGUCCCCGUGGUGCUGGCUGUAGAAGAAACUCUUAUGGACAGCCGGUGGGCAACCACAGAGCUGGCUUGGACCACAUUCCCAGAAAGUGGGUGGGAGGAGGUCAGUGGCUACGAUGACUCCAUGAGCCCAAUCAGAACCUACCAGGUGUGUAAUGUCCGACAACCCAACCAGAACAACUGGCUGAGGACGGACUUUAUACCCCGCAGGGGCGUGCUGCGUGUCUACGUGGAGCUGAAGUUCUCCGUCCGUGACUGCGCCAGCAUUCCCAACAUCCCUGGCUCCUGCAAAGAGACCUUUAAUCUGUUUUACUAUGAAUCGGAGGGGGACACAGCUACAGACACCAGCCCUCUGUGGAGGGAGAACCCCUAUGUGAAGGUGGAUACUAUAGCCCCAGACGAGAGUUUCUCUCUGCUGGAGGCAGGCAGGAUCAACACCAAAGUGCGCAGCUUUGGCCCCCUCUCAAAGGCAGGCUUCUACCUGGCGUUUCAGGACCUGGGUGCCUGCAUGUCUCUCAUCUCCGUCAGGGUUUUCUUCAAGAAGUGCUCCACCACCAUCGCCAAUUUUGCCGUCUUCCCAGAGACAGCCACAGGGGCAGAAGCAACCUCCUUAGUGAUCGCUCCGGGGGCCUGCGUGACCAACGCUAUGGAGGUGUCCGUCCCUCUGAAGCUGUACUGCAACGGGGACGGCGAGUGGAUGGUUCCCGUGGGCUCCUGCACCUGCGUCGCUGGCUUUGAACCCUCUGCAGACGGCACUCAGUGCCAGGCUUGCAUCCCUGGGACCUUCAAAUCUAAAUUCGGUGAAGGAUCCUGUGCUCCCUGCCCGUCCAACAGUCGCACCAGUGCACGAGGAGCCAAUAUUUGUCCCUGCCAGAGUGGUUUCUACCGCGCUGACAGCGAUCCUCCUGACUCUGCCUGCACCACUAUCACCUCAGCGCCUCGCAAUGUUAUAUCCAGUGUGAACGAGACCUCGCUGUCCUUGGAGUGGGAGGAGCCCGAGGACACAGGCGGGAGGAGCGACCUGGUCUACAACGUUGUGUGCAAGAAAUGCCUGAGGGACCGGAGCCCCUGCACACGCUGUGACGACAACGUGGACAUCGCGCCCCGCAGGCUAGGGCUGAGGCAGAGGAAAGUGGUGGUGAGGAACCUGCAGGCUCACACGCCCUACAGCUUCGAGGUGCAGGCUGUCAACGGGGUCUCUGGGAAGAACCCCACAUCCCCCAGCUACUCCACAGUCAACAUCACCACCAACCAAGCCGCGCCUUCAGCAGUGCCUACCGUCCAUCUGAUGCGCUCCACAUCUGACACUCUCAGCCUGUCGUGGCUGCCCCCAGAGAAACCCAACGGGGUCAUCCUCGACUACGAGAUCAAAUACCACGAGAGGGGCCAGGCAAUGUCGCACACAGUAACUGCCCAGCACAGCUCAGCCAAGGUGGAGGGUCUGAGGGCCGCUACACCUUAUGUGGUGCAGGUCAGAGCUCGCACUGUUGCUGGAUACGGUCGCUACAGCAACCCCAUGGACUUCAGCACCAGCCUACACACUAAAUGA